CGAAUGUCUUGGCAGCUACCAUAUGGAGAUGGAAGGACUGAAGAGGAUGGUGGAGCUGUUGAUCAGCUGGGACCUGGAUGUCGGGGUGCUGGUGACAGACCGACACAGACAGAUCGCUAAAUGGAUUCGCGAAAACAUGCCCAAUACACGGCACUGCUAUGACAUCUGGCAUGUUGCAAAAUCCAUCGGAAAGAAACUGAACGCCAUCUACAAGCAUAAGGACUGUGAAGACCUGAAGCCCUGGGUGCAAAGUAUAAUCAACCACCUCUACUGGGCAGCAGUGUCUACACCGCCUGGAGAGGGGGAACUUCUGGUUGCCAAGUGGAAGUCUGUGGUGCGACACAUUCAGAACAUCCACAAGGACUAUGGCGACCUCUUCCCAAUUUGUACUCAUGGACAACUGCAACGGCAAAAGAAAUGGCUCAAACAAAGUUCACGCUCAGCAGUGAAACUGGAGGAGGUGGUCAACAACAAGUCCCUGCUGAAAGAUAUCGCCAUGCUGUCGGGUGAACACCAGACUUCCAAGGUGGAGGCGUUCCAUAGCCUUAUCAUACAGUUCGCACCGAAAAUGUAUGUCUUCUCAUACAUCGGAAUGCUGUGCAGGAACCUGCUUGCUGGGCUGCACUGGAAUGAAAACUCGAGCCGCCCUAUAGCCACUACACAAGCGGGUGCUGAGCGCUAUGCAGUACGCUACCCGAAGUAUAAAGCAGGGGGCCAUGUGGUCAAGAAAAUCGCGACAGAGCCAACAUACCGCUACGUAGAUGACUUGAUCAGGGAGGUUGUUGCUGGCUGCAGACAGACCCCUGACCAGAGAACACCAGUCAGCGUCACUGUGGAUGUGCCUCCCUUCCUCUGCGAUGAACUGGAGAAGCCAGACAAGGAGGAAGCCAUCGCCAAGCACAGGAGUCGCUUCGGUAAGUGUUAACUGCCCUCCCAGUAACAGUUAGAGAUGCUACCUCAGUAGAAGCAUUUAAGUCCCAUCUUAAAACUCAUUUGUAUACUCUAGCCUUUAAAUAGACCCCCAUUUUUAGACCAGUUGAUCUGCCGUUUCUUUUCUUUUCUCCUCUGCCCCCCACCCCACACCCUCUCCCCCUUGUGGAGGGGUUAUUCCCGUGACCAUGGAUGAAGUGCUGGCUGUCCAGAGUUGGGUCCCGGGUUGGACCGCUCGCCUGUGCAUCGGUUGGGGACAUCUCUGCGCUGCUGACCCGUCUCCGCUCGGGAUGGCCUCCUGCUGGCCCCACUAUGGACUGGACUCUUACUAUUAUGUUAGAUCCACUAAGGACUGGACUUUCACAAUAUUAUGUCAGACCCACUCGACAUACAUUGCUUUCGGUCUCCCCUAGAGGGGGGGGUUACCCACAUAUGCGGUCCUCUCCAAGGUUUCUCAUAGUCAUUCACCGACGUCCCACUGGGGUGAGUUUUUCCUUGCCCGUAUGUGGGCUCUGUACCGAGGAUGUCGUUGUGGCUUGUGCAGCCCUUUGAGACACUUGUGAUUUAGGGCUAUAUAAAUAAACAUUGAUUGAUUGA